CAGAGAACCUCACAGCACACUCCUGUGCAGCCUUCGCUGAUAGCAAGCAAAGCGACAAUGAGGCUACUGAGGUCUACCUUCAUCUUGGCCGUGGCUAUUAGCCUGGCCACGGCAGAGGAAAAGGCGGAGAAGGAUUCAAAGGCUGAACCGACCAAGAUUGAAGAUAACAAAAAACAAGAUAAAAGAGGAUUAUCUGAUUUCUACGGCGACCACGGAUAUGGCGGUGGUUACGGAAGCUACGGAAGCUACGGUGGCCAUGGAAGCUUCGGAGGCGACUUCGGUGGCUUCGAAGGAGGUGUGGGACACAUCGGCCAUGAGGAACACGAGAAGACAAUCACAGUUGUCAAGAAUGUGGCCGUGCCUUACCCGGUCGAGAAACACAUUCCAGUGCCAGUAGAGAAACACGUCCCCUACCCGGUGAAAGUGCCAGUGCCUCACCCGUACCCAGUCUACAAGACCGUUCACUACCCGGUGAAGGAGACCAUCAAAGUACCUGAAUACAUUCCCAAGCCAUACCCCGUGGAGAAGGAAGUGCCCGUACCCGUAAAGGUGCACGUUGACAGACCCGUCCCCGUUAAAGUCUACGAGCACGUUCCGUACCCAGUGGAGAAACACGUACCUGUACCCGUUCACGUGCACGUGCCUCACCCAUACCCCGUAGAGAAAACCGUACACUUCCCAGUGAAGGUGCCAGUCAAAGUUCACGUGCCUUACCCAGUUGAGAAGACCAUCCACUACCCAGUCAAAGUGCCUUACGAUCGCCCAGUGCCCGUCCAUGUAGAGAAGCCCGUACCCGUGCCAGUUGAGAAGCCAGUACCUUACCCCGUAGAAAAACCAGUGCCCUACCCAGUGAAAGUACACGUUGACAACCCAGUGCCAGUCCACGUUGAAAAGCCAGUGCCCUACCCCGUGAAGGUUCAUGUUCCAGCGCCAUACCCUGUAGAAAAAGUUGUUCCCUACCCAGUAGAGAAGAAAGUGCCCAUUCCAGUACAUGUGCCCGUUGACAGGCCAGUGCCUGUUCAUAUUGAGAAGCACGUGCCAUACCCCGUUGAGAAACAUGUUCCUUAUCCAGUAAAGAUCCCAGUACCGAUUGUGCACCACGAGGAGCACCAUGACGGUGGUUACGGAGGUGGCAAUGACGGCGGAUAUGGAGGUGGCCACGAGGGUGGUUAUGGCGGUAGCAUCCACGAGGGAGGUUUCAGCGGUGGGCUUCAAGAGGGAGGUUAUGGUGGCCAUGAAGGAGGCUUCGAGAGCCACGAAGGCCAGCUGGGAAGUUACGAGGGUGGUCACGAGUACCAUCAUUAAAUAGUCUGAUCUCUUCUUUGUUUUUAGCUUUAAAUGUUGUUUUGUGUUUAGUUGUCGACUAAGUAUUUUAUUUCUUAUUUUUACUUUACGACGUGAAUGUAUUGUAAAUAAACCGAAAGUAUUAAAUGAGAUGUUACAUAAAUAAAUUUAUAAUGUUUAA